UUUGGGGAAAACUUUAGAAAGAAAAAACCCCCAAAAAUGAAGAAUGACAAAUACUGAAAACUCAGAAGAGAGAGAGAGAGAAAUAAUAGCAUCAAUCGAUGAAUGCGAAUGUGAAUGAAUGAGCAGCACACCUUCCCUGCUUUCACUGUCCAUUGACGCAGCAGUUUUUAAUCUCCACAUCAUCUCAGAUCUCUCUUUUCUCCCUGAACACAUUCUCAUCGAUCUCUUUCUGAUGGAACUGUACGCUGGAAGUUUUAUCUUUUCUUCUUGAAAGAUAUAUAACUUAUGUAGCGUUAAACUUAUUAUUUGCCAGAGAACCCUCAAGGCUGGGAAACUGACCGAGAGGAUUUUGAAGAUCUUUAUUGCAACCGGGAAGGACGAAAUUAUUUCUAUGAUCCAAGCGCUUAAUAUCCAGCUUGUUACGACCCCUGUUCUCCCCACUAGAUGCUCGGACAAGUUCUAAAUCUGAACGCUGUUUGACCUUCUUCUUUGACUUGAUUAAUAUCCAAGUGCACGAAAAAAAGAACCGUAUUUGAUUUUUGAUUCAAUCAUCUCUUCCUGGAUAUAUCACAACAUGUCUCAAGUAACCAUUGAUAGAAACGAGGUCGAUAUCGUGAUUGCCGCUUUCCGUUCAGACCUUACGUCUUUCUUGGAAGAAUGGAGGCCCAUAUUUUCUCGAUUCCAUUUGAUAAUUGUGCAAGAUCCUGACCUCAAAGAUGAACUCAAAAUCCCGAAAGGCUUUGACUUCGAUGCCUACACCAAAACAGACAUAGACAAGUUAGUAUCUCCGUCUAAUGCUUCGAUGUUUUCUGGAUACGCGUGUCGCUAUUUCGGCUAUCUUAUAUCCAAGAGAAAGUAUAUAGUAUCGAUUGACGACGACUGCAGUCCAGCUAAAGACAACAAUGGCGAUGUAGUAGAUAUAGUCACACAACACAUCACCAACCUUAAAACACCCGCGACUCCCCUCUUUUUCAACACACUUUACGACCCGUAUAGGAAAGGAUCCGAUUUUGUUCGUGGGUACCCGUUUAGUUUACGCAGCGGGGUCCCUUGCGUUCUGUCGUGUGGACUCUGGCUUAAUUUAGCUGACUUUGAUGCACCGACUCAAUCUUUAAAACCCGAACUGAGAAACUCGCGAUACGUUGAUGCGGUGUUAACUGUACCAAAGAACUCAUUGAUGCCGAUGAGCGGUAUCAACAUAGCGUUUGACCGUGAGGUUGUGGGUCCUGCGAUUUUGCCAGCAUUGAAGCUUGCGAAAGAAGGGAAGUUUAGGUGGGAGACGAUGGAAGAUGUGUGGUGUGGGCUUGUGGUGAAAGUGGUGUGUGAUCACUUGCAGUUGGGUGUGAAAACGGGGAUCCCGUAUGUUUGGAGGAACGAAAGAGGAAGCGCGAUCGAUAGUUUGAAGAAAGAAUGGGAAGGGGUUAAGUUGAUGGAGGAAUUGAUUCCGUUUUUCCAGACGUUGAAGUUGUCUCAAGACGCGGUUACGGCUGAGGCUUGUGUGUUGGAAAUGGCGGUUGCUAUAAAGAAGGGGAUGGGGUCGUCGCAUCCGGAGCUUGCUAAUGCGGCUGGCAAUAUGGUCGAAUGGGUUAAGAUCUGGAAGGAAGUCAAAUCUCGGGUUUUGGUUUGAUUUGGAUUUGGAUUGGGUUUGUGUUUCUGCAUAUGGGUUGGGUUAUCUGUUCCAUGUCUGAAAGUUGAUUAACAGGGACUAUGAAAUAAAUAGUGUACUUUUUCUUGCUUUGUUUUGUUGUUACUGUUCAAUUAUACUUGGUGCUUGAACAUUUAUAUCUUUUGGUUGUUUCUCAAAGCAUAUCUCUUGUAUCUCUGUUUCUUUUAUGAUAAGAGUUAAAUGCCAUUUUAGUC